AUGCAAUUGCACUCAGUGCAUUCCAGAGGCGUUUCUUUGAAUCCUGGGCAGGUCUGCCUGCUGUUCCUGGGAGAAGAGAAGGAAAAGGGAGGAAAAGUCCCUCUUGCUGGAGACGGAAUGUCUGCACUUCCAAUUCUCUUUUUAGCCUCCUGUUCCAUUUGGCUGGCUGAGGCUCAGACUGAGUUCAAGAGGGUGGCUGAGGAGAACGUGACACUGCCGUGCCACCACCGCCUAGGGCUGCUGGAGCAGAGCAGCCUCGACAUCGAGUGGCUGCUGCACAUCUCCGAGACCGUGCAGAAAGCGGUGAUCACCUACUCCGGAGGUCGUGUCUAUGAUGACCUGAAUGAGGAGCAGAAGGGCCGUGUGUCCUUCACAUCCAAUUUCCUUGCUGGAGAUGCAUCCUUACAGAUCAUAUCCCUGCAGUCCAGUGAUGCAGGGAAGUACAUCUGCAAGGUGAAGAAUGCUGGGCAGUAUGAGUGGGCUCGCAUCACCCUCAAGGUGGUAGAAAAACCUUCCAAGCCCAAAUGCUGGCUGGAAGGGGAGAUGCUGGAGGGGAAGGAGCUGUCCCUGCAGUGCCGCUCAGCCUCGGGCACUGCCCCCAUCUCCUACCGCUGGCAGCGCAUCAACGAGGAGGACGAGAGAGCUGAACACCUCCCACCCACAUCCAGAGUCAGUAAGUCAGCAUUUCCUCACUCAUUUCCUCAGCUAUUGAAUCAGUACAUGAGCACAGGGUUAUACCAAUGUGUUGCCACCAACGAGGCUGGUCAGGAGAGCUGUGUGGUGCAGGUGACAGUGCAGCAUGCACAGAACAUUGGCAUGAUCGCUGGAGCUGUGUGUGGGGUGGUGGUGGGACUCUCCCUCCUGUUCCUGGUGGUGAGGCUGACGAUACGGAGGAAAGAAAAGAAGAGAUAUGAGGAAGAGGAGGCACCAAACGAAAUCAGGUAA